AUGACCGGCCACCCCCUCGGAUUUCUGCCUAUAGACAAAGGGCAGGAACAUAAUAUCAAGGAUACAAAGGUUACAUUUGGAACUCGUGGCCUAAAUGCAUCUUGGGCUCUUAUGAAGAAAACUUCCCCAGCCAUUCCCACACUCAGAGCUGUGCGCAAGCAUACAGAACUUCAAAUUCGGACGCUUCGACGAGGCCUACACCACUCUGACCCACUCAAGGAGAAGGAUAUUGAGAUUCUGCAUAAUGCAUACAUUGCCUCAAAUAUUCACACAUAUCAGGAUGGACGAGAGGUGAAGACUAAAGCAGAUGGGACUAUGGAUGUUGUGACGAAAGGAUCUCUCAACAUACUCACAAAAGGGACAUUGGCAAGAUGGUGGAAUAAUAGAAGUUAUGUUCGGGCACCACAGGAGAUAUGGUAG